CUUUUAUUUGCAGUAUGAUCACGUGGCCGAGGUUCACAACGCUCGGACUUUCCUCAUCACAUUGGGAGCUGGGUAUUAUCAUGGGCGAGAUGUUUCUCAGUUGUUCUGAAACCUUUCCCGUUGACAUUGUAACGUUACGACCGUCUUCAUCGUCUACGUGUCUGUUUUAAGCGACGUGGGAGGCGUUAAAUCUGCUUCACAGGGCUGUGCUCCUUUGCAUCUCCCACAAUGCUUUGUCAGCAGGCCUUACCGUCCGAGAGUGAGCCAGAUAAUAAACCCAGCCUAUUGUAGGGGUCAUUACCUCUAUUCAGCACUACACACACGGUCCAGUCCAAUCUUUUGUCAGGUUGGAUUAAUCUGAACAAUAACCCAUUGUGAGCCAUAACAGAGACAGCCUUCUGCAACAAUGUCCAGGUCAGGAGAUAUACCAGCCCUGGAGUCUGGGACCCCAGAGGGGCUCCUGGGAGGCAUGUCCCUGCCCGUUGGCAUGACCCGCCGUGCCAUGAGCUAUGAUGACAACAUGGAGGCGCCCAUGUCGCCCCCUCCCUCUGACAUCAACAUCAACAACCUAUGGGGGAGGAGGCCCGUGGUACCAGACAGGAGGUUCAGUCUUCUGGCUGAGGAGGAUGAAUCUGGAAAUGCCCUGACCCAUGCUGCCACGUUUGACGCUGGUCUCAGGCCACAUAUGCCAGUAGUGGUGAAAGCCAAAGCCUCCUCCAUCAUUAUGAACUCUCUGAUGACCAAGCAAACCCAGGACAGCAUGUACAGGUUUGAGCAGCAGGCUGGGCUGAGAGACACUGUCUACACGCCCCACAAGGGCCUCACUUCCGAGGAGACCCGCCACCACCAUCGCAUGCCAGAGUCAUUCCAUAAAAUGAAUAUUCAAAGUAUGGACAUGGGAGCAGGACAUAAGGGAGGACACGAGGACAAGCAAACAUCAUCUGCUCAGUCCACCCCAAAUAGCACUCCUCAGAGCUCACCCAAACAGAAACGCAGGGGCUGGUUCACCAGCCAGAGCACAACGGUCACUAGCUCAGACCUCAGUACCAGCUCUAAUAUGAGUGUGGACAUGGGUGCUGAUGAGGGGGGAGGAGCAGUCGAACGCUGGGGUGUCUUUGGACCACGUCCUGUGGUCCAGAAAUCCACUACCGACACCGGUGCGGACCACACAAACACAGGGGGUUUUGCUCUCCAGUCUUACCGCGGGGCCCAGAAGCCCACCCCCAUGGAGGUGAUGAAGGCACAGGCCACUCGGUUGGCUGAUGACCCUGCUGUCGACAAACAGGCCCCACCCAAGAUGGAGAUCCCCACCAUGGAGGGCAGUAGACGGUCAGCCCGGCCGCACAAACUCAAACCUCGAGACAUGAACAUCCUCACUCCCUCAGGCUUCUGAGAGGUACCAUGUCGUCACUACUCCCUAAUGUUCUACUCGGUCAAGUUGUUGUAGCUGGUCUACCCUCUUUCCUUUCCUGACUUUCCUGAUCUGAAAUGAGGUCCCUUUAAUGUAUGUGACUGAAUCUGAGAAUCUUUACCAUUUCCAAAAAGAAAAGCAUCCUGUUGUGUUUGAUACUAUCGUAUUUGGUUUUGAAGUUUUCCUCUCUUGCACUAAAAGUCGUUUAUUUUUGUUUCUAUUUGUGUGAUAAGGUUAUUGUGCCAUGUUGAUUUUGUUUUGCAUCAUCCUUUGUCUUGUAAAGGAACUGUGUAUUUUGACUUUGUAUUUAUGGUCCAACUGUGAAAACGUUCUGAUACAUGACAGUGUGCAAAUAGUUACUCUCACACUGUUUGAUAAAAUAAAAAACGGCCACACUGUGUAGUGGUUUGCUCAUUCUGUUUGCUUGUGAAUCUCAUUCAACCUGAAGUACCACUAGCUUUUCAUUGUCUGCAGAUUUAUAUGCCGAUAAGAUGUAAUGAUUCUCAUUGUCAUGUCUCCCAAGAACUUUGUGGUGAUUAUUGUUCACCCUCGAUGAAGUGUGGUUAUUGUGCAUCCGCAUUCUUCCUGUCAAGACGACCCUUUUGAAGUUAAAACGCUGUUAGUAAAACACUGCAGUAGAAUAUUAAUAUGACAUGUUACAUAUUUACCAGUGAAGUAUGUAAUGAUUUGACCAACCCUGUUCAGGUGUUUUUCUAUUUAUUUUACAUGGCUGUCCAUAUGUAUGUAUGUCUUCUGUGGACUUUGUUGUAAAUAUCUGAAUAAAAAAUAAUUCUAACAUUCAACAAAAUCUGGUUCCAUCAACCAUCCAGAAACAGUGGACAGUGGAAACAGUGGAAAUAUGGUCAGCGCUGCACAGGUUAAAGAACCCGGUGGUGAAGGAUGGGUUUUCCAUUGUGAUUUAGAAAUUGAAGUAGUUGUACAUUUCAUAAGGCAAGAUCAGCUACCACUGAUUGAUAGCCAUAGAAAACUGCUAUUUCACACUGUGAAGUGAUCGUCAAUAAUUCAGCAGGAAUACUAAUGAUUACCAGUAGAUGGCAUCAGCUCCUUUGUAACACAGUCUCUGAAUUGGCUGGAUAACUCUCAUGGAAUGCAACGCUGGGAUUUCAUUUAAUCUGUCUCACCGAUAUGUGAUAUUUCAGUUUUUUAUUUGUAAUAAAUGUGCCAAAAAUGUUUGA